AUGUUUUAUGAAAUCUACGGUGGAGAGGGGCCCCCGGGCCGCCCGGACAUACCGCCUUCCGCCGAUACUCCCGAGUCUUGUGUCGAGCAGCAGCAGAGGCGCGCAAGCCCCCCUGAUUCGGAUGUGUGUCCCUCCCACAGUGGUGAGUCAGCGGCUACGGUAAUUCCUGGCCCUCAAUGGAGGCCUCGGAGGGCAGGUGCCUCACGCGGAGUUAGGAGGCUCCCUGUGGGAGCUGCUCUUGCGAGGGGGAAACUGCGAGUAGGAGGUGCGAGGAAUAAACGCAACAGGGAGAGCCCGGAAGCCACAGAGUCCGAAGCCAAGGUGUCUGAUGAGACUUCUGAGGAAUCCGCGGACACCAGCGACUCCGAAGAAGAGACAGAGAGCUCAGAGCAAGCAUCUUCAGGGAGCAGUGACGAGGAGGGUGACGCCUCCGGCUCUAAGCGGCUGUGGCAGCCCUCCAAGGCGUAUUCGGCUGCAGCAAAGGCAGCCUUACUGAAGGAACGCGAUCCAUGGUUUGCAGCGUGUGCUGUAGAUGGGGACUUCAGCAAUGACUCCGAAAAUGAAGAGCCCUUGAUGGACGUAGUGGACAAGGUGGAGGAGGCCCUUGAGGUAGCAGCGAACUGCGCUGUAUCAGCGGCGACAGCGAAUGACGCACCGGCGGUGGAUGCGCGCAGGAAGUCGGUACAAUCGCCUUUUUAUGUGAAAGUGCGCUCGGAGCUAGAAAAGAUUCAAGAGCUACAAACCAAGCCAGUAAAACUUCAGCAGCAGGGGGCCCAUGAGGAACAAGUAAGCCACUGCGUGCUGCACGACUACCAGACAGAAGGGGUUGCCUGGAUUCUGCAGCGUUUCGCUGCGCACCUCAAUUGCAUCGUCGCAGAUGAUAUGGGACUGGGGAAGACACUGCAGGCGCUUGCGGUGUAUCUGCAUCUCUGUCGGUUUGGGGGCUCCGCCUUCGCUGGGAAGCCUGCCAUCGUUGUUUGUCCACUGAGCGUCAUUAGCUCAUGGGUACAGCACUGCACACACUUCUUGGGGGCUGUCAACUUCCAGCAGCUGCCGGAGCAGCAGCAGCAGCAGCAGACAGCGGCAGGUUGCCACUUAAACGCAGCAUCAGCCCCUCCAGGAAUGUCAGCAUUCGCGGAAAGCACUGCAGAGAAGCCUCUUCGGUUGCUAGUCUUCGUUGGCGACAGCCCCACACGGGCAGACAUUAAGCAGAAGGUGUUGGCAAUGCAACGGCGGGUGCAGCAGCAGCAGCAUGUGGCAGCUCCUACUGCGGCGCCUUUCGAUAUACUGCUCACAAGUUAUGAGCUAGCAGCGCGUGAAAUGAGCUUUGUCUCUUCCUUCUGCUUCUCCCUGCUUAUUGCGGACGAGGCCUCGCGCCUCAAGGGGCCCCACGGCGUCAAGCGACGCCUCCUAGCCGAAGGCAUAAAGCGACAGAGGACGUUGCUGCUCACCGGAACUCCCAUAGAAAACUCCCUUCUAGAGCUCUUCUCCCUGCUAUCCUUCCUCCACCCCUCCAUCUUCUCCUCUGCAGAGGCUUUCACGUCCCUCUUCUACGCAGAGUGUGAGAACCGCCUCCCCGGUUCCAAGGCCUCCUUGGCGUCUUCGCCGAACAGGAACUGCCAGCUGCUGGAGCGCGUUGUCUCCGCUUUCGUGUUGCGACGCACAGUCAUGCAGGCACAACACUGCUGGCAGCUUCCGCCUCUCCGUGAAGUAAUCCUCAUGCUGCCCUUGACGCCAGUCCAGCGACGCCUGUAUCUCUGGCUCCUUACGCGGGAUGCGCAAUUGCUUUUGUCGUCGUCGCAUUGUGGCGCUUCAGACAUCAUCAAAGGAAUCCGAAACUUGAACAACCUCUAUAUGCAGCUGCGAAAGGCCUCCAAUCACCCUCUCCUCUUUGCAAGAAAACAAAGCGACACGCUGCCCUUCAUGCAGGCAUCAAGCGCAGCAGCUUCCGGACCGCGUAAUGCAACUGCUCCUAAAAGCCCUAGCGAAUUUUCCACCGACGAUGAAGAAGAGGAUUUCUGCUACGAAGAACUGCUCUUGUCCGCAUCUAACAAGCUACAGGCAUUGCAUCGCAUCGUCUCCCUAUGCAUUUCUCGAGGCGAAAAGCUGGUCAUCUAUAGUCACUCCACCAAAAUGCUGGAUAUCACAGAGGAUCUUCUUCUGGAGUCCGGCAUUCGCCCCGCCAGACUCGACGGGGAUACACCAGACGCAGGCAGAAGAGCGGCGAUCGAGGCCUUUCUAAAGCCACCACCAACGACGCAAAAAUCGGAUGACGACGAAGGCACUGAGUGGACUCCCAUGGUGCUGCUGAUGUCGGUUCUUGCCGGAGGCUAUGGCCUUAAUCUCGUCUCUAGCAGCAGCAGCUGCUGCUGCCGGUGCUGCGUGUUUCUGGAAGGCGGAGGAGGCGGCAACCCCCAAGUAGAGCGGCAAGCCAUCGCACGGCUUCAUCGGCAGGGGCAAACGCGGCCAGUUGUAGCUAUCCGCUUGAUAUCGAAGCAUACAGUUGAGGAAGUCCUCUAUCGGAGAGGAAACGCGAAGCUGCACCUUUCCAGCGUAGUUCUGGGGGCAGCAGAGGCUGCUGCCACGCCUCGUGGCACUGCUGGUGCAAAGGAGGCGAGCGCGACAGCAGCUGCGGAUCCCCUUCGGUCGCUACAAGCUUUCGACUGCGGAGCACUUCUUACCAGCAAUGCGGCAGACAACGGGAACCUUGAACAUGACGCGCCUCAGAAGCAGCACAGCCAACUGGCCAAGUCGUUGCGGUUUGGUGCAGCUGCUCUCAUAGCUGCAGACACCGAAACAAAUACCACCGCUACGAGCAGCGCUGACACAAACGUUUUGGAAUCCUUUCCGAUUGAGGCGAUACUGACAGAUGCACUCUCGACGGCUGCUGCUGGUGCUGCCCCUUCUGCCGGAGUUUUGCCAGCUGCCACUGUAAGCAGCUCUUCCCCAGGUGCUUCGCCUCCUCUUCUGUCUUCUCCACCAGCAAGUGCCCCAGCCGCUCACGUAGUAGAGGUGCAGUCACAAGACGACAGAGCGAAGUCACCACCAGCAGGAGACAACAUCUACGUUUUUGAACAAAAGGACUUCACGCCCUUCGUGAGAGCCGAUCGUCGACAGGAAGAUGAUGUAACAGCGCUGGAAUCGCUCGCCAUGGCUAAUGCACGUGCUCCUCCCGAUACGUUUUCAAAAGGACGACGCGGACUUACACAGGAGGCAGGUUUUAGAGGCUUCCGGCUCUUGCUGUCUUGGAUUGGGAACCCCCGGCUGCCGGAGGAAACUCCAGAAGCGCGACGCCUGCGUCUACAGCGCGUUUUCCGUUUGGAAAGACUGUGGGAAUCUCAAGGCUACAUGUCGCAUGCUUUGCGCUUCUCCGGAGAGACAGAUCCUCGUUACAUUUGGGGCCUUGAUGCAUCUGGUGCUGCCGAGGCAACGGCGUCGGGCUCUCCAGAAGGAAAGACGCCAACAGAACCACGGAGACAGAUUCCUGCUGAGACGUUCUUCGUAUUCCCUUCGCUGUGUGACAAAGAGGACAGCUCGGAUGCGCUACCGACGAAAAACUCAAGGCCGAAGGGCAGCAGCAGCUAUUGCCACCAGCGCAUUGGUGAUGCGACAUGCCCCCAAUCCGUUCUAGGGGCCCCCCCGGGGCCCCAAGUAAUCUGUCUCUUCGUGGAAACGGGCGGUAGAUGGCUCUCCAGAGGGUUCUUUGCCGCCAUAGACCGUCUUAGCUCAGAGCCUCGAAAAGUCUUCACACAAGCACACAAGUGCCGCGACGUACGGGGCGGGGACGUGCACUUGGUCAAGAUUAGAGAGGGCCUCUUUGUUGCGCUGGCAGUCUGCAUCAAUGAGGAAAACAGGAACCGGAAGGGAGGCGGCGGAUUCUUCGUCCGCGUUCGAGAUAUGAUGCGCUGCCUUGACCUGUUGUCUCUGCACUGCAAGAUGAACGCAGCUUCGCUGCAUCUCCCUCGCUGCAACACGCCUUGCCGGUAUAGCGCGGACGCCAACACCAACAGCCUCACCACCAAUGCACUGGUCUUUAGGCUGCUUCAGGAAACGUUUGCGAGGAGGAAAGUGCAUGCUUUGACGUACAUUCUGCCCCGCCGCGGCAACCCUGCCGAUAAUGUUGGCUGCCGGAAUGGCGUAGGAAGGACUUCAAGCAUCCCGAGUGCAGAUACAGGAGUGCCUCCAAAAACUGCGCUGGUGAGAUCCGCCUUAGGUCCCUGCGCUGCCGAAAGGGGAUCCAAUGGCUCCGUGGGGUCGCCCGAAGGAGAUGGCGACUGCUGCGCAUCUGGAGCUACGCAAGUGCAGGCAACCAAACAGAAGGCCCCCAAAGGGUGGUGUGCACUGCGGAAGAAGCAGCGGGCAGACGCGCAGACAAAACAGCAGCCACAGCCAACGCAACACGGCCUCACGCAAAAGAAGUCGCCACAGUUACAGGUGAAGCAGGAGCAGCAACAGGCGUGGAAGGUGCCGCAGAGAGGGGAACAAACUCAACCUGUUUCACGUGAGCCUGCGUUGUCGGGUAGCAGCAGCACAGCAGGAGGAAGCGCGCAGUCUUCUUCCGAGCGCUCAAAAGCAGAUAAAAACGAAGUCGGAGAGCACGCUUGUGGCGUUGAGGGGGCUCCGUGUAUGCCUAUUCCAGCUUCGGCUGUGUUGCAUGAAGAAGUAUUGGAGCUCACUCGUGAGGCAGUCGAGAUGGAUGUUUUGCAUGCGGCUUUCGGCCGUCUAGUCGCUUCUCUCGCCGCUGUUGUCGAGACCGACGAACAGCUCAGUCAAAUGGCUAGGGCUUGGGGAGUGCAACAAGUUCUGGUGCAACUGCCGUGGGCGCGGACUUUUUUUCCUGUGUGCUUAAGGCACACUUAUGAGAAGGGAGGAAAGGGCGUUGACACAUUUCUUGCGACGGGAAAUGAGUGCAGAGGAGGACGGCGUUUGAUAGUUCGCAUAGAAUUUUCUGACUUUGGGGAAGCUGCUGCUGCUUCUGGCUGCGCUGCCAUUUCCAACUCAUGGUUGGCUGGCCUGCGGGAAUUCCGGCCCUCUCGCAGCGCGGCGACUGGAGGAGAGUCAUUUAGCAAAUGUACACCCACCUUUCCCGCGAACGAACCAGGAAGCUGGGAACAGAUAUGUCAUGAGGCGAAGCGAUGGAUGCGCGCAGAGGCUUGCGAGGCCGCGGCCAUGGCCAGCUCCUUAGAACGGACCCCCAUAAGCCUCCUUGGCGGUCCCACCGAAAGAGUCAUCCCUUCGAAUCUUCGCCUGGCUCUGUUCGCUUGGGAAAAUGCGAAUCAUGCAAAGCAACGACCGCCCACCGAACGGUCUAAGGUUGUUCCCUCCGACCCCCUCUUGUUCUAUGGGGUGCAUGUGAGUGGCGAACACAGAGGAGAACACAGUUCGAUCUCUGGUCGCAAAGCUGUAGGUCACUUACAUACGGCAUUGAUGUUGUCUCAUUAUGUACUGCAGUGCGAUCAGGCCUGUGCUGCAUUAAGCUGUAACCCCCUCUAG